AGCGUGUCGAGAACGCACUGAGAGAUACCGAUUGCGAUUCCGAGUGUUCGAGAGCCACAACGACCGAUUCGAAACCGCGAAAUUCAAAACCCAAACCAAUUUUUUGCAAGUGACCCGCAAACAGAUACAAGUGAAGUGAAACGCACACAGAGAUACAGCCCCGAGAGACACGCUCCCAAGGAUUACUUUCGGAUACGACGAGAUGCAUCUGCCAGCGGGUCCAACGAUGGUGGCCAACAACACACAGGUCCUGGCCGCAGCAGCAGCCGCUGCCGCCGCCGCCGCCGCGGCCGCCGCGGCACAGGGCAAUCCCGGCCAGAGCCUGGCCAACACCAGCACCCACUCGGCCAGCAGCACGGGCAGCUCCACGCCGGACCUCAGCACGAACAACUCCAGCUCCAACAACGCCAGCAGCCCGCAGCAGAACCCGGCCGCGGGCUCCGCGUCAGUGGCCGCCGCCUCCGCCUCCGCGUCCGCCAAGAUGCCCAGCUCGAUGACCGACAUGUUCGCCAGCCUGCACGAGAUGCUGCAGGAGUACCACGGCGAGCUGGCCCAGACCGGCUCGCCCUCGAUCCUGUGCAGCGCGCUGCCCAACCACUGGCGCUCCAACAAGUCGCUGCCCGGCGCCUUCAAGGUGAUCGCCCUGGACGACGUGCCCGAUGGCACCCUGGUGUCCAUCAAGUGCGGCAACGACGAGAACUACUGCGGCGAGCUGCGCAACUGCACCACCACGAUGAAGAACCAGGUGGCCAAGUUCAACGAUCUGCGCUUCGUGGGCAGGAGCGGCCGCGGCAAGUCCUUCACGCUGACCAUCACCAUCGCCACGUACCCCGUGCAGAUCGCCAGCUACAGCAAGGCCAUCAAGGUGACCGUCGACGGGCCGCGGGAGCCAAGAAGUAAGCAAAGCUAUGGCUACCCCCAUCCCGGCGCGUUCAACCCGUUCAUGCUGAACCCCGCCUGGCUGGACGCGGCGUACAUGACCUACGGCUACGCGGACUACUUCCGCCACCAGGCAGCCGCCCAGGCGGCCCAGGUGCACCAUCCCGCCCUGGCCAAGUCCUCGGCCUCGUCCGUCUCGCCCAACCCGAAUCCCGCCGUGGUGCCCGUGUCUACCAGCUCCUCCUCGGCCGUGGUGCAGCCCGCCGAGUACCCGCAUCCGCCGACGGCGGGUCAGGCAGCCACCAUGAUGCCGUCGCCACCAGGUGCUGCUCCGGCCACGCCCUACGCCAUGCCCCAGUUCCCGUUUAACCAUGUGGCCGCCGCCGCCGCCGCCAAGGUGGCCACCGCCACGCCCCACGCCUUCCAUCCGUACAACUUUGCCGCCGCCGCGGGCCUGCGGGCGCGGAACGCUGCACUGCAUCACCAUGCCAGCGAGCCGGUGGUCAACCACGUCAGCCCCGCCUCCUCGCGCCCUUCCAGCUCCUCGCCCACCCAGCAGCACGUGCUCCUCAAGCUGAACACCUCCAUCGAGACCAGCUCCAUCCACGAGCAGUCGGCCAGCGAUGGCGACUCCGACGACGAGCAGAUCGACGUGGUCAAGUCGGAGUUCGACCUGGACAAGAGCCUGGACGUGGCGCCCCUGCGGAUGCGCUGCGACCUGAAGGCGCCCUCGGCCAUGAAGCCCCUGUACCACGAGAGCGGACCCGGAGCCGUCGUCCACGGGCGGCAGUCGUCGCCGGAGACGACCACCAAGAUCAAGAGCGCCGCCGUCCAGCAGAAGACCGUGUGGCGGCCCUACUAAAAACUGAUCCCGAGCGGAAAAACGGAAAAGCAGAAAAACAAAGUGAUAAAACAGCGGCGGCGCAGAGCGGCAAGCGGGCAAAAAUUAUAAUUGUGAUAUAGUGUUAUAAGUUACCUCCGGCCGGCAAACGGAGCAGCCUCAUCGGUUGACAGGAUACGAGGGUAUUCAUCAGCAAGUCAUCAGGAGAAAUCACCAAGAUAAUGGAUACUGUAACGGGACAGCGGAUCCAGGACACGGACUCCCCCUGGACCUCAGACUCCGGCGAAGUUUUAUGCUCGGACUCAUAAAAUCGUGCGACGAGUUUGAGUCACAGGCCCUCGUUUUUCACCCGGAUUUUCUACAAAUCCCAGCAGAAAAAACACUCAUAGACCUAGAUCCAGAAUAUUACCAAGAAAGCAACUUUAGUUCAAUCGCGGUUCGAGCCAUACAAAUGGAACCCACACACCUUUUGUAUAUAGCUUACUAGUUGUAACACUCAUUACUACUUUUUUUUUGAGAGCCUUUUUUUUCGAUGGAUAAUACGCGAAUUUAGCUAUUUUUAAUCUUUAUGUUUAACUAGUCGUCUAAGCGGGAAAUCAAUUUUUUUGUCUAGCCGUAAGUUUUAGCGCGAAAAGAAAUCUAACACAAAAAAUCGAAUUUGAAACAAAACCAAAUAAAAAACAAAAUCACACUCGAAAAGUAUUUACAAAAAAUA